AUGGCAUAUCCUCCGAUGUACAACCUCCAGCAAAUCUUCUCCUCUGUUGACAAAGACAGGUCCGGGAACAUAAGUGUGGAUGAACUACAACGUGCAUUAUCUAACGGAACAUGGAAUCCAUUCAAUCCAGAGACUUGUCGACUGAUGAUCGGUAUGUUCGAUUCGAAUGGUGACGGAGCUAUUAAUUUUAGUGAAUUCCAGGCACUAUGGCAAUACAUAAAUGAUUGGACGAACUGUUUUCGUGGUUUUGACUUAGAUAAUAGUGGCAAUAUCGACAAGUCGGAACUUCAAAGUGCUCUCUCACGAUUCGGAUAUCGGCUAUCAGACCAGUUUUACAACAUUUUAAUGCAUAAAUUUGACCGUACACAUACAGGAUGUAUAAAUUUCGACGACUUUAUCCAGUUAUGUGUGGUAUUGCAAACCCUAACUGCUGCCUUCAGAGACAAGGACACUGAUCGCGAUGGCGUCAUCACCAUACGGUUUGAGGAAUUUCUCACAAUGGUGUUUAGUUUACAGAUAUGA